CUAGUCUAUUGGGUGUUUACUUUUGUUGGUUUUGUUUAUAUUAAACCAUGUUUGUUCAUGCCAAUUGAUCGUAUUUUUCAAUCUUCAGUGAAAAAGAUUGGUCAGGAAUGAACUAAAUAAAAAACAAAAACAAACUAAAACGGAACAUUAGGUAUAAGUGUUUAAUAUAUAAGUGAUAUUCCGUUGUUUUUUGGGGUUUUAUUUUCUAUUGUAACACAAAGGAUGACGACUCUGGAGGAUAAGAUUUUAGGUGAGAAGAAGCACUAUUAUUGCAGUAGUAGUGAGAGUGGUGAUGAAUCGGAUGAUGGAAGUGAUAACGAAGUUGAAGCGAGAAGUGUCGAAGUGCCUUCGUUGCCGGAGGUCAACAAGUGGGACGGUGUGUCGAGCAACACAGGUCCGAAAGGUGUCAUCAGGGACUGGCAGAGGUUCAAACAGCUCGAGACGGAAAAAAGACAGGAAGACGAAUUGGAAAGGUUGAAUUUGGCGAAAACACUUUGCCUCGACGGCGACAAGAGAGACGAAGACAUGGACCUCGCCGAUGACCAAUUCAUGGUCGAGUUCCGCAAGAAGAGAAUGACUGAGAUUGCAGAGGUGAUCAACAGGCGCGAGCCAAAUUUCGGCGUCGUUACGACUCUUGCAAACGGAAGUGAGUUCUUAGAUGCCAUCGAUAACGAGGACAAGUCCGUUACAAUAGUCGUACACUUAUAUGAGGAGAACGUUCCGACAUGCAAGAUUAUGAAUCGCUGUCUCGACUCCUUGGCGCAUCAAUAUACCAAAGUCAAGUUUUGCAAGAUGGUCGGAUCAACUGCUGGAAUCAGUCACAGAUUUCAGAUUGACGGUGUACCGGCACUCCUGGCUUACAAGGAAGGACAGAUCAUUGGCAACUUCGUACGCGUAGUCGAUGAACUCGGUGAUGAGUUUUACGAUGGUGAUGUUGAGAAUUUUCUCAUUGAACAUGGCAUCCUAUUAGAUCGGCAUUGUGUACCGAACUACAUACAAAACAACCAGGACGCAGACGAAGACAGCGACUGGAGCCUUGAAUAGAUUUAUAAGAUUAUUUCAUGGAACAAUAUGGGUAUGAUGCACGAUGAUUUAAAAAAAAAAUAAAAAAAAAAAAAAAAAUUGUGGUAUUUACAAGAAAAAUUCCCUCCCCGCUGUACAGCGGUCGACAGGAUAGAAUAUUCCCCAAUUGUUUACUUUUUUUUUAAUCCCAGGGUUUUAAAAAAAUAUUAUUAACCAAUAUUCAAUUGAUCAAUAUUAAUUUUUUUUAAAUUGAUUUUAUAUGUAUACAGCGCCAGAUGCUGUUAAGAUCUCAUAUUGAUUGUUUUUUUAAUUAUCAUGAAUUAUUUUAGUAAUAGACAUAAUAGUACUUAUUUGGACUUUUUUCUUAAAAAA